AGCAGUGCAGCAACCACUCAGCCUGUCAUAGCUACACACACACAAGAGCCGAUACAAGCUAGCUAUGCAUUGAAGAAACGUCUCUCCGGACCGGCUCUCUCCGGUGCAAAUUAUCGGGUUCAAAGUGAGUAACAUCAAUUCACCAAGCUCUUUCAUUCGUGCAAAUACCCGCUCCAGGUGACCGUUGCCAAAUACAAAUUGACGAAUUUCCGGAAUUUUAGUGUGGUCAAACGAAUGCUGAUGCUACACCUAACGAUAGCUAUCUAACUUUAGCUCAUGCUGAGGACCGCUUCAUGAAACCGCAACAUUCCUGUGAUGAAAAUAGUAGGCAGUGUUAAUUGGUUCAGCAAAUAAGGGAAAAAUACUAGAUUUUGAUUUGUUAUUACAACGUUAUGCUAGCAGCUAUUGCAUUAGGCGUUUUUUUCUGCGCAAAAUGAGAGAAAUUGAUGUCAAGCAGUUGAAAGAUUGAUGUCUUGAUGUUUUUUAUUUUACGGAUUCGAGGAGAAAGAUCCCGUUGCAGGAGAACCUGCUUUGACCAUUGUGCCAUUGAUAGCUACAUCACAUUCUUAUAGUAACAACAUUUGAAGGAUCGUGAAAAUGGCGACUGGAGCAGGUUGGCAGCAGUACUACAGCCCUGCUGCUGGCAAUCCAUCGACCGGAGCAGGGAAAUAUAAUUCUGGCUCAUCAUCAACAAUCACCAUGGAAUAUACCCAAGAUCUGCACCUCAAAAUGAGCAAGAAAAUAGCACAGCUGACAAAGGUGAUCUACGCCCUGAACACCAAGAACGAUGAGCACGAGGCGGCCAUCCAGACGCUGAAGGAGGCGCACGAGGAGGAGGUGCAGCAGAUCCUGUCGGAGACGCGGGAGAAGAUCAUGCUGUACAAGAGUAAGAUCAGCGAUGAGAUGGACCUGAAGCAGCGCAUCCAGUCGCUCGAGGAGUCCAUGGAGCUGCACGAGCGCAUGAAGCGUCAGGCCCUCGCCGAGUUCGAGACCUACCGGCAGCGUGUGGAGGACAUGCAGCUGUGCACCGAGGCCCAGCAUACACAGCGUGUGGUAACCAUGUCCCGCGAGGUGGAGGAGAUGCGGCACUCGUUCGAGGAGAAGCUGCGCUCUUUCGGCACGGCGCAGGCCCAGUUUGAGCAGGAGAAGAAGCUGGUGCUGGAGGAGCUAAAGGCCAACCAUCGGCAGGAGGUGUCGGAGCUGCUCCGCAGCCACCAAAGCCAGAACCAGAACUACAGCAAGGACCAGGAGAAACUGGGCCAGCUGCACAAGGCUGAGGUGGAGUCCCUGUCGGAGCGUGUGGAGGAGAUUAAGGGGGACAAGAAGAGGCUGGUGGAGGAGUACGAGGCCAAGCUCAACAAGGCCCAAGCCUUCUACGAGCGCGAGCUGGAGGCCAUGAAGCGCACACAGCAGCUCACCGCAGACAACCUGCAGGCCUGGAAGAAGACAGAGGCAGAGCUGCGGAGGGAGUUCCAGAUGCAGGAGGCAGCACUGCAGAAGACCCUGGGGAAGCUGCGCUCCGAGCUGCAGAGGGUGCAGGAGGAGGCCCGGGAACACAGGGAGAAGUCCCACAAGCUGCAGGCCUCGCUCACUGCAGCCGAGAGCAAUAUCAAGGAGUUGAGCAAACAGCUGGACGAGGUGACGCAGGAUGCCGAGAUCGUGGAGAUUCGACAGAAGGAGGCGGAGUGUGAGCUGGAGGCCACCAGAGAUCGUGUGCAGCAGCAGGCCACAGAGAUCCUCCUCAAAGCCAGUCACAUUGGCAGCCUGCAGGCCACUCAGAUGACCCACGAGGCAGCCAUCCGGGACCUGGAGUCUGAGAAGUCUCGUCUGAAGGACAAAGUGGUACGUCUAGAGGAGGAACGCGGGGCCCUGCAGAACAAGACCCAGACACUGGACGACAGGCAGAGGCAACAGAUUCUCUCCCUGGAGAAGACUCUACGGGAGGAGAAGCAGGUGUAUGAGAAGGAGAUGAUGAACAUGCGUGCCAAAUACGAGGACGACGCCGCCCACUUCAAAGAGUCACAGACCCGGGCGCUGGAGGAGCUGUCGAAAAAGCACAGGACCACCCUGGAGAACACACAGACUACUGCCGAGAAGGAGAAGCGCUGGCUACUGGCCGAAAUGGAGCAGCAGUUUGAGAGGGAGAGGCUCUCAUUGGAGGAGCAGAAGAACCAUCUCAGACAACAACUGGACAGCCUGAGGGAGGAGCUCGCCGCCAAACUUGAACAAGCCAAUCAGGAGGUGUUGCGCCUGCAGGAGCUGGUGAAGGAGGGUGAGCAGGGCAUGGGUUCAGCAGAGGGACACAUCUCCAACCUGAAGGAGGCCCAGGACAAACUAGUGGAGGAGCUGGACGCUACCAGGGCCAGACUGAGAGAGACCAGCAACCUGCUGACCGCCCUGCAGGGAGAAAUGGAGGCCCAGAAGAAGAAGCAUGAGGCUAAAGUCAUCACCACUAAAGAGGACGAGAAGCUCAAGAUGGACAAGAUGGCGCUGGAACUGGAGCUCAAGUGGACCGAGACCUUAAGGCAGGAGUGUAAGAAGCUGCGUGAGGAGCUAAGGGAGGAUCAUGAGGAUGACAAGAGGGCAGCCCUCACCCAGCUGGCCCAGAACAAGGAGCAGGAGCUGGGCAGUGCCCGCGAGAGCUGGCAGAGGAAGGUGGAGGACCUACUGGAGCAGAUCUCGUUGCUGAAGCAGAGUCUGGAGAUGCAGCUGUCUCAGUCGCAGAGCUCCCUGCAGCAGCUCCAGGCCCAGUUCAGCCAGGAGCGGGAGCACCUGAGCCAGCAGCUCCAGGAGCUGCAGCUGGAGCACCAACGCAGGGAGCACAGCCUACAGGAGGCCCACUGCUGCGCCAUGCAGGACCUGGACGAGACCCGCCAGCACGACCUCAAGGAGCUGGAGCAUCGUCUGCGGCAGCAGCACCACAUAGAGCUCCAGUCUCUGAGAGAGGCCCACAGACACAGCAUAGAGACGCUCAAACAGCAGUCAGAGCAGGAGCUGCAGACUCUACGCUUCGAGCUGGAGGACGAGGGCAAGGCCAUGCUAGCCUCUCUGCGCUCUGAGCUGAACCACCUCCAUGCCUCGGCCAUAGAACAUCUACGGCAGACACACCAACAGGAGACGGCUGCAGCUAAACUGGAACUGGAGAACGCCCUGGAGAACAGCCGGAUACAGGAGAGGGAGUUGCUGGGCCGUAUCUCGGACCUGCAGGAGGAGGUGGUAAGGAGGAAAAACCACAUUGCUGAGCUGGACCAUGAGAUUCACACACUGAACGAGAACAUCAACACACUCACCAAGGAGCUGGAGCUCAAGGGCAAGGAGGUGCUGAAGAUCCGCAGCGAGGCCAACCAGCAGAUCAGGGCUCAUGAACAGGACCUGUCGAAGAAACACGAGCGAGAGAUGGCUGAGAUGAACGCCAUGCACAACAGAGAGACUCAGAACAUGCUGUGUGACUUCAACAAGGCCCAGGAGCUCCUCAAAGACAAGAUCUCUGCUCUGCAAGUCCUGCUGGAGGGCACGGAGGAUAAGUUCCGGAACAGGGAGAGCCGGCCUGAGGACCUGCAGGUGAUCGCUGAGCUAAAGGACAUGGUGACUGAGAGGGAGUCCCUCGUCAAGAAGCUGGUGGUAAGUGACGAUAAAAAGUUCUACCAGCUGGAGUUGGUGAACAGAGAGACCAACUUCAACAAAGUGUUCAACACCAGUCCCAACGUGGGUGUAAUAAAUCCCCUUAUCAAGCAAAAGAGAAAGAAUGACAAAUCAGCAAACCGAUUCAGCAGCUCUCCAAACCUCAGGGCUCUGGAGGCGGCGGGAACAGGGAUGGGGAGCGGGCAGCCCCAGCCCAACCGCCUAGAGCCAAUCCCCAACUCCCCCAUUCACCACCUUGAGCUCAACACUAGCAAACCUCUGCCCCCACCAACCCCUCCGUCAGAGCCCAAGAAAUUCAUGAGACCCUCGGAUGUCAAGCCCUUCUUAGAUAGGAGGCAUCUGGUGCCCGUCAACGGGUUACGACCUCUGGACAGAAACUGAGGGAGGGCCCUAAACACCAGGCAACCAGUCAGUCAGUCAGUCAGCAAGUCAUCCAGACAGACAGUCAGCCAGACAAACACCAGAAGGAUAUCCAGCCCUAUAAGCAAAGAGCAAAGGUUAUUUUAUGUGGAAUAAAGCUGCAAUGUUAUAAUACAGUGAGGUUUGUUGGUGUUUAUUGUGAAUUUCCAAUGCCAAGGUUAUGGUCAAGCCAGCAACCCAGUGAAAUGCAUUAGGUUGAAUAGGUUACAUCUUGGACAGACUGCAUAGAACAAACCACAAUAGGCAUGAUUAUGGUCUUUCAAUACAUUUUCCCUCUCACAUUCUUUCUUUGAGUUUAUUAUUGGAUUUGCUUUUCAGAAACUACAGAGUAUGAAGAGAACAAACACUAUUUGGUAUUCAGGAUUUUUAAUAGAUGCAUUCACAUAUUUGUAUAACCAAGAGAGCAUAAUCCCCCAAGGACCUGAGUCAAGGAUUAACAACUGCAUGGUCUUGUUGUAAUUCAAUCUCACAAAACCCCAUGGCUGGAUGAUCAUGUAAAACAGGAAUGGUUGAGUUAUUACAACCACAGGCUCUAUUAAAAAUGAGCAAACUUAACACAGUUAAAGGCUGAUUAGUGCAACAGAAAUGUUAUUGUUUUCAAGGAAGCAUUUACACUUGAGAGCAGAUAAUCAAAUCUAUAGCUAUACUGCCUCAAUAAAAUCCCAUUCUGUAUCCUCUGAACUGGAUGGAUGACUACACUGACUUCAAACACAGAACAUAAGCAUAAAACCCAGAGCCUUUAAAUUGAAUAAAACUACUCUCAACCCUGAGGUGCAAUAAGGAUUUCUUAGUCAAUAAUGUCCUGUAUUGUAUAACUGUUUGCUGCUGUUGUGGUGUGUGCCCCACUGUGUAGCCCUCCUGAGACAGAGGAGUCACCCGUAGGAUCCCCAGACCCCCAGCGCCAGGAGUGGUUCGCCCAGUACUUCACCUUCUGAUUUUUG